AUGAUGAAAAUAAAAAUGCAAAAUAUCACACAUGUUUCAGAAUUCUAUCUUCUGAGAGUCUCUGAUGAUCCAGAACUGCAGCCCAUUCUCUGUGGAUUGUUCCUGUGCAUGUACCUGAUAUCAGUCCUUGGGAACCUGCUCAUCAUCCUGACUGUCAGCUCUGACUCCCACCUCCACACUCCCAUGUACUUUUUCCUCUCCUUUCUGUCCUUGGCUGACAUUGGCUUCAUUUCUAGCACAGUCCCCAACAUGGUCGCAGACCUUCAAAUCCACAGUUCAGUCAUAUCCUAUGUGGGCUGCCUGACACAGAUGUCUCUUUUUGUCACUUUUGCAUGUAUGGAUAGUAUGCUUCUGACUGUUAUGGCGUAUGACAGAUUUGUUGCCAUCUGCCACCCCCUGUAUUAUACAGUAAUUAUGAGCCCCUUUCGCUGUGGUAUCCUGGUUUUAGUGUCAUUGUUAGCGAGCCUUUUUGAAUCCCUGCUUCACAAUUUCAUUGCCUUACGACUUAAAUGUUUCAAAGAUGUGGAAAUCACUAAUUUCUUCUGUCACCCUUCUCAACUUCUAAAUUUAGCCUGCAACAACACGUUUAAUAAUAGCAUUCUCAUGUAUGUUAUUGGUAUCAUACUUGGUGUUUUUCCCUUAUCAGGGAUCCUAGUCUCAUACUUUAAAAUAAUUUCUUCUAUCCUGAGAAUCACCUCUCCAGGAGGAAAGUAUAAAGCCUUCUCCACCUGUGGGUCUCACCUAGCGGUGGUGUGCUUAUUUUAUGGAACCGGGCUUGGGGAGUAUUUUGGUUCUAUUUUGUCUCUCUCUUCUGGAAACAAUGUGGUGGCCUCAUUAAUGUACACUGUGGUCACUCCCAUGCUGAAUCCCUUCAUCUACAGUCUGAGAAAUCAGGACAUUAGCAGUUCCCUAAAAAGGCUCCACUUUUGUGUUACUUAA